AUUCUGUGAGAGAAGCCUCAGUGUGAGGUAGGCCUUAUUCUGUGAGAGAAGCCUCAGUGUGAGGUAGGCUUUAUUCUGUGAGAAGGCCUCAGUGUGUGAGAAGCUUUGAUGAGAGAAGUCCCAGGUUGAAGGCCUCGUGUGUGAAGCUCCUGUGUAAGUUCAAUGUGAGAGGAGGCUCUGUGAGAGCGAAGCUGUUUCUCUGCAUGUGAAAGAAGCCCAGUGUGGAAGCAGAGUAGGAAGUAUAAAGAGGUCAAAUUGGGAUAUUAUUAUAACAAUAUUUUAUUAUAUUUAUUAAAUUUAUUAUUUCAUUAUAUAUAUCACUAUAUUAUUAUUAUUAGAACUAUAAGAGCCUAGAGUUGGAAGGGACCCUCAAAGGCCAUCUAGUCCAGCCCAACCCUUCUGCCAUAAAGGAAGAUGCCAUCAAAGCCCUCCCAACAGAGAGACACCCAAUCUCUCCUAUUAUUAUUAUAUUAUUGGGAUUCUGGUGCAGAGCUGGAAGAUAUGGAGGAGAGAGUUAGCAAGCAUGGCUGCUCUUGCAAAAGAAUGAGAAUGAUUCCCAAAGGACUGUAAAUAAGUACAGAUGGAAACACAUCUUCCCCUUUCAGUCCUCCAAAGAGCAAAGCACAGCUUCCUAGAGUGGCUGGAAAUUAUGACAAGGGGGGGGGGGUGAGACAGGAAGGAAGAGAGGGAGGGGAUCAUAGAGAAGCCGGAAAUGAACUAGAGAGGAAGUGGAAACGACCCCCCCCCCUUUCUGGAGGACUAGGAGGUAAACUUCUUUGACACAGUGAACAUGGAGGACAAAGGGUAUGAAUGUGUGGAGUGUGGAAGGCGCUGCUGUGAACAUGGGGCAUGUGAGGAACAUCAACGAACCCAUAUGGAAGACGAGGAAAAAUGUCAAGGGAUGGAAGGCGGGAAGAUCUUCGGUGAACGUGGAGCAUGUGAGGAACGUCAACGAACCCAUAUGGAAGACGAGAAGAAAUCUCAAGGGAUGGAAGGCGGGAAGAUCUUCGGUGAACGUGGAGCAUGUGAGGAACGUCAACGAACCCAUAUGGAAGACGAGAAGAAAUCUCAAGGGAUGGAAGGCGGGAAGAUCUUCGGUGAACGUGAAGCAUGUGAGGAACGUCAACGAACCCAUAUGGAAGAGGAGGAGAAAUGUCAAGGGAUGGAAGGCGGGAAGAUCUUCAAUGAGUGUGGAGUAUCUGAGGAACAUCAACAAACCCAUAUGGAAGACGAGGAGAAAUGUCAAGGGAUGGAAGGCGAGAAGAUCUUCGGUGAGCGUGGAGCAUGUGAGGAACAUCAGCAAACCCAUAUGGAAGAGGAGGAGAAAUGUCAAGGGAUGGAAGUUGGGAAGAUCUUCAAUGAGUGUGGAGUAUCUGAGGAACAUCAACGAACCCAUAUGGAAGAGGAGGAGAAAUGUCAAGGGAUGGAAGGUGGGAAGAUCUUCAAUGAGUGUGGAGUAUCUGAGGAACAUCAACGAACCCAUAUGGAAGACGAGAAGAAAUCUCAAGGGAUGGAAGGCGGGAAGAUCUUCGGUGAACGUGGAGCAUGUGAGGAACGUCAACGAACCCAUAUGGAAGACGAGAAGAAAUCUCAAGGGAUGGAAGGCGGGAAGAUCUUCGGUGAACGUGAAGCAUGUGAGGAACGUCAACGAACCCAUAUGGAAGAGGAGGAGAAAUGUCAAGGGAUGGAAGGCGGGAAGAUCUUCAAUGAGUGUGGAGUAUCUGAGGAACAUCAACAAACCCAUAUGGAAGACGAGGAGAAAUGUCAAGGGAUGGAAGGCGAGAAGAUCUUCGGUGAGCGUGGAGCAUGUGAGGAACAUCAGCAAACCCAUAUGGAAGAGGAGGAGAAAUGUCAAGGGAUGGAAGUUGGGAAGAUCUUCAAUGAGUGUGGAGUAUCUGAGGAACAUCAACGAACCCAUAUGGAAGAGGAGGAGAAAUGUCAAGGGAUGGAAGGUGGGAAGAUCUUCAAUGAGUGUGGAGUAUCUGAGGAACAUCAACGAACCCAUAUGGAAGACGAGGAGAAAUGUCAAGGGAUGGAAAAUUGGAAGAUGCUCGGUCACACGGGGCCAUCCGCUGACCAUCAAAGAAUAUCCAUAGUGGACAAGCCGUACAAAUGCAUGGAAUGUGGGAAGAGCUUCAUUAGCACAAGUGCUCUCAUUCUGCACGAGAGAACCCACACCGGGGAGCGGCCUUACGAGUGCGCCGAGUGCGGGAAGGGCUUCACGAUGAGCAGCGCCUUGACGUUGCACGAGAGGACCCACACGGGGGAGAAGCCCUACGAAUGCCUGGAGUGCGGUCGGUGCUUCAGCGAAGGCAGCAAGCUGACCAUCCACGGGCGGACCCACACCGGGGAGAAGCCCUACAAGUGCGUGGAGUGCGGGAAGAGCUUCAUCGUGAGCAGCGCCUUGAGUUUGCACGAACGGGUCCACUCCGGGGAGAAGCCGUAUCAGUGCAGCGAGUGCGGGAAGAGGUUCCGCGUGAGCAGCCACCUCGCCUCGCACCGGAGAACCCACACGGGCGAGAAGCCCUACAAGUGCGCCGCGUGCGGGAAGAUGUUCAGCGACAGUGGGGCGUGCACCAAGCACCAGAGAAUCCACACCGGGGAGAAGCCCUACAAGUGCAUGGAGUGUGGGAAGACCUUCAUUUGCAGCAGCUCCCUCGCGUUGCACGAAAGGACCCACACCGGGGAGAAGCCCUACAAGUGCACCGAGUGUGGGAAGAGCUUCAACCGGAGCGGGACUCUCACGUCCCAUCAGAGGAGGCACACGGGGGAGAAGCCCUACACCUGCGCAGAGUGCGGGCGGAGCUUCAGUGACAGUGGGACCUGCGUGAGGCACCAACGGACCCACACGGGGGAGAAACCCUAUACCUGCACGGAGUGCGGGAAGAGCUUCAGCCAGUGCGGCGCAUGCACCAUCCACAAAAGGAUCCACACGGGAGAGAAGCCGUAUCAAUGUGCCGAGUGCGGGAAGACCUUCAACCGUAAGGGUGCGUGUACGAAGCAUCAACGAACCCACGCGGGUCACGGCGUCUGGGAAAAGCGUCUCCCUUCCACCCAAGAAGCCAUUUAGUGGAGAAAUUGCACUCCCAACAUAUGGAAGAUUGCACAUCAAAGCACCUACAUUGACGUUAAUUAAUCCUUAUAAAUGAAUCGUCGUGGGAUGUUGAUACAUUAAGUGAUUUAUACCGUGUUUCCCCGAAAAUAAGACAGUGUCUUAUAUUAAUUUUUGCUCCCAAAGGUGCUCUAGGUCUUAUUUUCAGGGGAUGUCGUAUUUUUCCAUGAAGAAGAAUUCACAUUUAUUGUUAAACAAAACAAUGGACAUUUAUUAUAUACUAUCUGUGCCUGGCCACGCGUUGCUGUGGCAUUGUCUGCUGGUGUCUGUAUUUUAUAGGUAGUGUGGAAGAGGCCUAAGUGAGGCCUAACUUUGCCUGCCCCCUGGGCUAAGUGGGUUGCUAGGAGACCAAGUGGGCAGAGCUUAGCCUUCUAACUGGCAGCAAUUGGAUAAAAACAAUUAUUCCUCUCCCUCUAAUUAGGACUUUAUUUUUCUUUUCUUUUUGUUGUAUCAACCUAGAGGCAUGGAUGAGGGGUUGUGCUGUCAAUUUUUGAGGUUGUGCGGUGUUUAGUUUUGUUGUUUUGUCGGUUGCCAGGAUUCCAUCACUCUUUUAUAUAUAUAGACUGUACAGUAGAUGUCAUCAUAAACCAGCAUAACCAAACAAACUGUAAAUCCUAUUAAGAAUUUCUUGUUACUACCAAUAUUUCCAUGUACAACAAUCUAUGGUACGUACAUUUACCGAUCCUGCAUGCUCUGGUGUUCUGUUCGGCGGGCAUGCUUCCAAACAAAAACUUGGCUAGGUCUUACUUUCAGGGGAGGCCUUAUAUUUAGCAAUUCAGCAAAACCUCUACUAGGUCUUAUUUUCUGGGGAUGUCUUAUUUUAGGGGAAACAGGGUAGUCUCCAAAUUACGACCUCCCUGAACUGCUGCAAACUGGAUAGCAAACGUCCCAGAAGCAUGCCAAAUACAUGCAAAGUCCUUUCACAGCAAAAACACGUUUCAACAUGUCUAUCAGCAGUAUCCAACUACCAGCAUCUGACCUUGUCUACACACUGUUUAGUAAACUCACGGAUUCAGAUUUUCACCUAAAAUUUCCAUUGUAAUAUAUGCAAACUAGCUUUGCCCGGCCACGCGUUGCUGUGGCUUAUGGGAAUCCUUUGUUGGCCAGAUGGAAUAGCAGUCUCAAAGUCUGGCCGUUUUCUGGAGUAGCUGGAGCUGGCUGUUGUAUGAACGUAGAGGCAUGGAUGAGGGGUUGUGCUGCCAAGUUUAGUGUUUCUGGGAUGUGUAGUUUUGUUGUUUUGUCCUAGGCCGAAACGCCAUUACCCUUUUAUAUAUAUAGAUAUACAAUCAGUAUUUGCAGAUCCUUAUACCUUGAAUUUGCAAACAAUCAGAGUCAUGAGAUAGUCACAUACAGAAAUAGGCAGAUACUCGGACUGAGUUACACAGGAGAGAGGAAGAUGGAUUCUUUCAUCCUCCUUAUAUUGCUACCUACUGAUAGGUCAUCAAUAAGGGACACUGUGAAAUAACCCUCACAUGGUUAUGACUUAUCCAUUGCCCCCUUCCCCAAGGUAUUGCAUCAGGACAUCUACAGUCAUUACCCAGGUGCUAUCGAUAUUGCAUCCGGAGCUCCUCCCUGAGGAACGUCGCCUCUAAUGUAAUGGCCAUGGCUCAAUGCUAUGCAAUCCUGGGAUUUGUAGGUGUGUUGGAUUUGAGUAAUAACAAUAGUUGAUAGCUGGGAGUCUUUGUAUUGAUCUUUGUAGUGAUUUGCGUGUGAAUCUAUACCAGGCAUGGGCCAACUUCGGCCCUCCCUCCAGAUGUUUUGGACUUCAACUCCCACAAUUCCUAACAGCCUACCUACAAUCCAGUUCGACGCAGAUCAUCUGGAUUUUAUAAGGCCCUAAAGCAUUGAGUCUCUGUCCCUCCUCCCCAUAGAAGAGCUUUUACUCCCAAGGAACCAUUCAGAACUGACUAUAUGGAAAGAGUUGCGUUGUUUUAAUCGUGUUGUUCCGAAUUCUUCUUAACGCAAUCAGUUGUGUCAUAACCUCACGUCUGUGCUUACCUGUGUUUUAAUCUGCUUUUAAAGGGGGUAAAUUUAAAGUCA